GUGGAUGGAGAGUCUCAGUGGCUAAAACUGCCAGAAAAUACAGGAAUUUGGGGGAUUUUUUUAAAAUAAAAAGGUGUAAAAUGGGGGAAAUCUGGUUUAUGAAAGGGAUAGUUCAACAUUUUGGGAAAUAACAUACGAUUAUUAACCUAGAUGUCUUGCCGAUACUGAGAUGAGAAGAUAUCCAUCUUCAUAUCUGACAGUUAAGAAGCACAGGAGCCAGGAGGCUGUUAGCUUAACGUUAGCUUAGCACAAAGACUGGAAGCAGGAGAAAACUCUGUUUAAAAGGUAGCUAAACAUAAAAUCCGCCCACCAACAGUGACUUUAUGUAUAAUCUUUGUCUCUUUGUUAAGCUAAACUAAACUAGCACAACGGACAGACAUGACACUGCAUGGAUCACACAUCUAGCUAUAGCAAGUUAGCUAGCAUUAACUCUUCUUGGCAAGAAAGCCCAUACAAACAAAUUAAUGGAAUAAUUACAUUAUCAUAUGACACUGAUUUUAAGUAAAGUGUGCUUUAUAUGAUGCAAUUUUCUUUUGUUUGGUUGUUUAUCUGCUAUUAUCUAUCUGCUUUACUGACAAGAAAAAUCAAUGAAACACACCUUUCUAGUGUGGUUUUAUUUUGAAAAUCAUAACCGGAAGUGUCAUUUGUCCCACCUGAAGAAUAAACACACCAUCAGCUUCCUGCUGCGCAGCUGCAGCUCUGAUUUUAAUCAGUGUUGUGGCCACAGGGAGGCGCUGUGGGGCAGUGGCAAACUCACCUGUGUCAUUACUGGAUUGUGCAUUUGAUUGGUCCGUGUGCGUAAAACACUUUUCACCCCCCUUAUUCUGGUAAGUUGUGGCACGGCAGGACAGUCUCGUGCAGCGGUUUGUUCUCGGCACUUUGACUUUUGAGAUUUACACCUUCAGACUGGGACUGAAGCUUGGAUUUGAUGGAAAACUCGGUUUGUUCACUGUGCGUAAAGUGAGCGUUAAAUACAUCUGAAACCUCUCUACAUCAUGUGCAGCAAUCUGUUGGUGAAAACCAUGGAGGACCUGAGCCUGGAUCCGGGCUAUGUGACCGGGGACCCCUGCCCGUCCCUCAGCCUGUCCUCCUCCGGCAUGUCGAGGCGGUCUCAGCCGCACACGAGCACUCCUCAACGGGGUACCUGGUGGCAGCACGCCGGCUCUCUGUACAGCAGGAACGGCAGCUGGGACACGGUGAGCACGCUGCCGGAGGACGCAGCGGACAUCCUGGCCAAGUGUCCCUGCCUGCCCGAGCUGGAGGAGUACCCCUGGUCCGAGCAGGAGCUUCGGGAAGUCGUGCGUCGAGUCGCCGAUUCGGAUGCGUCGUUCACCGGAGAGGCUGUCCACCGGCUGUCCGUUCUGCUCCGGAGGGCUUUGGUGCGGAUCUCCCGGGAGGCGCAGCGGCUGAGUGAGCUUCACAGGCGGUGCACACGUCUGGAGGUCCAGAGCGCGGUGAGACUGGUGCUGGGCUGGGGUCUGGCCGAGAAGUGCGUCUCCUCCGCGGUGAAGGCCGUGUCGGUGGACUGUAUGAGCUGCGGGGACACCGCGCGUCAGCGCAGCAAGUCUGCGCGCUGCGGGCUGACGCUCUCCGUGGGCCGCUUCUUCAGGUGGAUGGUGGAGACACGCGUGUCGGUGCGCGUGCACGAGUACGCUGCAGUGUGCCUGGCAGCCUGCGUGGAGACUUUGACGGAAGAGGUGGCCGGACGGGCGCUGCAGGCGGCAAGGCUGACCGAGGAGGAGGAGCAGGGCGGCGGGGUGACCUGCCGCCAGGUGACCGCGGAGCUGCUGGAGGGAGCCGUCAACAACGACGCGGAGCUGUGGGGACUGCUGCAGGUCUACGAGCAUCUGAUCUGUGGCAAAAAUGCCAAUGGUGAGCUGUCGCUACCGGCCCAUGUCAGCCCGUACACGAAGGUUCCCGAGGAUCCAGUGGAGAGCAGGGAGGACGCCUACAUCCAUCUGGAGCUGCGAACGCUGGAACAGGCUCUACUUGCCACCUGUGUGGGCAGCAUCGCAGAGCUCAGCGAUCUGGUGUCUCGAGCGAUGCACCACAUGCAGCGUCUGCGCAGCUCGAGCCCUUCCGUCAGCCCGGCUUGCUCAGCCAAUCAGCCGUCAGUAUCCUGGGCCCCGGACGCCCUCCGAACGCUCUACUAUUUCCUGUCCAGCCCACAGAUGGAGUCACUGGAAAAUCCCAACCUGGAGCCUCCGACCAUGACACUGAGCAGAGAGAGGCCAUUCCUGCUCCUGCCUCCUCUCAUGGAGUGGAUCAGAGUCGCCGUGGUGCACGCUGAACAUCGCCGCAGCCUAUUGGUGGACAGUGAUGAUGUCAGGCAGACAGCCAGGCAGCUCCUCCCAGGACUGGACUGUGAGCCCAGACAGCUCAAGUCAGAGUGCUGUUUCCAGUCGUUUAAAUGUUUGGAUGCAGAAGCUGCUUCAGCCAAGUUCCAGCUGGAUGUGGGCUUCAGGAUGCUCUCGUGUGGCCGAGCAGAUUUGGUCCAACAGGCCACGCAGCUCCUGGGGGCCGAGGGCGUGAACACCAUGGACGACCAGGGAAUGACUCCUCUGAUGUACGCCUCUGCAGCAGGAGAUGAAGCUCUGGUGCAGAUGCUCAUAGAGGCUGGAGCUAACCUGGACCUGCAGGUCCCAGGCUGCUCUGGCAGACACCCAUCGGUUCACCCCGGCAGUCGGCGCUGGGUGGCUCUGACGUUUGCUGUGCUGCACGGUCACCUGUCUGUGGCUCAGCUGCUGUUGGAGGCCGGAGCAGAUGUGGAGGGUGGAGCCCUGCUGGACGGUCAGGAGAGCUCAGCUGAGACGCCGCUACAGCUAGCUGCUGCUGCAGGUUACUACGAGAUGGUGAGCUUGCUGCUCACCCAUGGAGCGGACCCUCUGCUCAGAGUGCAUCAUGGGAAUUCACUGACAUCCCCGCUGUAUGAGGACAUGAACUGCUUCAGCUAUGCUGCAGCACAUGGACACAGGAACAUCCUGAGGAGGCUGCUGCUACAGCCUCAGCACAGGAAGGAGGACAUCCUCUCUCUGGAGGAGAUCCUGGCUGAAGGAGUGGAGGAGGAGAAUAAUGCCAAAACUGCAGCUCCUGACUCCCUGAGCCCUGUUCCCGGGCUGUGUAAGGCCAGGAUGAAAGCCCUGCAGCAGGCGGCGUACUACAGUGCUGAGCACGGUUACCUGGAUGUAACCAUGGAGCUCAGAGAGAUGGGUGUUCCCUGGAGGCUCCACAUCUGGCUGGAGUCUCUCCACAGAGCCCAGCAGCUGUGCAGGGACAAAGUCCUCGUCUCCCUCCUCACAGAGUUCCCUUACAUCAGGACAGAGGACUACAGCCCCGCGCUCCUCUCCACAGGCAUACCGCUCAUGUUCAGCAUGCUAGAAACCAGCAAGGACUACGUGGUAACCAAGCGGCUGGCGUCUGUGUUUUCUCACUGCUACAGCUGCUCUCCUGUUCCUCCCAUCCCACCCAUGGACGUCACUCUGUCCACACAGCUAGAUAUUCAUUUCCUCAACAACCAGGAGAUGUCAGACGUGACGUUUGUGGUGGACAGGCGUCCGUUCUUCGCUCACCGGGUGCUGCUGAUGUCGGCUUCUGAACGGUUUCGACAGAUGCUCUGCGACUCCCCCGACAACAUCAUCCACAUCAGUCACAUGACCUACAGCACAUUCCAGACGAUGAUGAAGUCUCUGUACUGUGGAGGAACAGAGGGACUGACAGUCUCUCACUCUGAAGCCGUGGAGCUGCUGCCAGUGGCCGCUUUCUUCCAGCUCAGAGGUCUGCAGAGGUGCUGUGAGAUGAAGCUGUCGCAAAGUCUGACUCUGGACAAUGUCGUCAACAUCUACCGGACUGCCAAGCACCACGGAGGAGCUGAGCUCUGCAGAUUUUGUGAAGGAUUCUUCUUGCAGAACAUGGAUCGGCUCCUGGACCGGGAGGACUUCCACCGCCUGCUGCUGGGCGGCGUCGGUCAGGAGCUGCUCUGCCCAGGGGUGGGCACCCAGGACCAGGAUCCGCCGGAUCUCCUGAGGGUUUUGGAGGCCACGCUAAUCCACAGACUUUACACCCUCCACUCUGCAUGUCGAGAGUAGAAACAAUGCAGCUACCCUGGACUGUGUUCAGCCACACUGGUAUGUGUGUUUGGGAAUAGUAGCCAUAUACUGUUUUUACCGUAGUCCUCUUAGGGAGAACACGUUAGUGUAGAAGAAGAAGAAGAGUUAUUUAUUAAUCUUGACACAAGUGAACAUUUUCUGCAACGGGGAAGAAAUUAUCCAAAUCGAUGAUGUAGAAAAUGAAUCACAGACAACUUUGUUAAUCAUUUUAACUCAUUCAUCAAGAAAAAUUAACAAACAUUCUGGCUGCAUUUCGAGAAUUAUCUGCUUCCUGUCACUGUACAUCAAAUAUAUUUCCAGUUUCUUUGACUGAUGGUCGGACAAAUUAAGCAACAAGAGCUUUGGCUCUAGUAAACUGUGACACGCAUAAAUGACAAAAUGACUAUUUCAUUUGUUGAUAAUUUUAUCAGUUUUUUUAUGAAUCAUUGUUGUGAUAGAUUAUUUAAUCUUUUUGAGGUUUCACUUGUGUCAGGACUUCGCUAGACGCAAGUAUUUAAAAUCACCGACAUCAGCAUCGGAGUCCCGUUAACUUCAUAUCUGGGGAACUGCACGCCAUAAUAUCAUCACAGAGCAAAAACUAACAUAUCAAUAGGCAGAUCUUCUCCUGUUCCACCCAAAGUUGGAUU